GAUCAGAGCAAUUCUUUUCGGAGGUCCUGAGAAUUGGUUAAGGUCCCAUUCGCAGCAGAUCCUGAGCAGAAGAACCCACCAGUGUUCCAAGGACAGCGCUCCAGAGAAUCAGAACGACUUGCGAUGGCUGGCACAUGUCUGCAGUUUUUUGGCUUCAUCUCAGGCUUAAUUGGCUGGAUCGGUGUUAUAGUUGCCACUGCCACCAAUGACUGGGUACUGACUUGUGAACACAGCAUCAACACGUGUAGAAAACUGGAUUUGCUGGGAUCCAGGGGACUGUGGGCAGACUGUGUCAUCUCGGUUGGACUCUAUCAUUGUAGGCCACUAUCUGACAUCCUUACCCUGCCAGCUCACAUCCAGGCAGCCCGGGCACUGAUGAUAACCGGCUCUUUCCUGGGACUUCCGGCGGUGUUCCUGCUCCUCUCCUCCCUGCCCUGCAUUCGCAUGGGCCAUGACCCAGGAACCGAGAAGCACAAGCGCUUUCUGCUGGGAGGAGUGCUGCUAGUCAUCCUGGCUCUGGCCACCAUCAUCGCCACCAUCUGGUUUCCAGUUUCCACUCACAAGGAGACCACCAUCGUGACUUUCGAGUACUCCCUGUAUGCCGGCUGGAUUGGGGCUGCAUCUUGCCUUUUUGGUGGUAUAGUAAUUGUGUGUUGCACUGGAGAGUCUCAAGCGUUCAUGGAAAACCGCUUCUAUUACUCAUCUCAAGGUUCUGGAUCACCAACCCAUGCUAAGAGCGCAAAUGUUUAGGGAUCCGGUGAUCUCGUGUUCUGACUGAUUUGAGCCCUUGUUACGCUGUUGCUGGUGGACCAACAUAACUUAUGUUCCUCUGACUUUUAUCUGUGCAUGCUGUUCUUGAACAUAAAA